AUGCACGACAUGCAUGUCGAGCCUCAGCGCCGCACACGAUGCCCCCUGCCUGUUGCUGCAGCAGCAGCAGCAGCAGCAGCACAUCCGUCAGCAGCAGCAGCAACAUCGCACCCAGCAGCAGCAGCAGGAGCAGCAGCAGCAGCAGCAGCAGGAGGCUCCGGCGGGUCAAGGGGCUCGGUGGUGUGGCCGAAGAGGUGGAGAAGCCUGCUGCUUGCAGCAGCAGCGCGGGGGCGUGCUGCUGCUGCAGCGGCUGCGGAGCUGCUGCUGCUGCUGCAGCUGUGCGCUGGGGUGUAUGCGCGUGGGGUCUGCGACGGGGUGUCUGUACACCGCUGCUGCUUCUUCCUCCGCGGCUGCCGAUUAAUCCGCAGCAGAGCUUUGCGGUGUCUGUUGGUAAAUGGAUUUCUUUAUGCUGCAGUGUCUUUAUUAUUUUUGCAUUUGCUGCUGCCUUUGGCUUCUUUGCUGCUGGCGCUGCUGCUGCGGCUGCUGGGGCUGGCCUGGGGGCUCGCUGCUGCGCUGCCUGCUGCUGCUGCGGCGGGCUCCCUGGGCCAGGCGCUGGCUGCUGCAGCAGCAGCAGCAGCAGCAGGCGCUGCAGCAGGAGAGGCCUGGGCAGCAGCAGCAACGCCCCCACUGGAAACCCUUGGCUGGCUGCUGCUGCGCUACGGGCUGCUGUUUCCUGUUUAUGCAUGCAGCAGCGUGUCUUCCUUUUUGUGGUACGUGGAUGUUGCUGAGCAUGCAACAGCAAUGCUGCAGCAGGAAGAGGACGCAGCAGCAGCAGCAGCAGCAGCUGCUGCUGCUGCGGCGGCGCGCCGCUGCGGCGCCCCCGGAAGCAGCCUGCAGCAGCAAACGCAGCAGCAGCAGCAGCAGCAGCAGCAGCUUCUUUGCCCGUACUGCUACCCGCGGAGCGCUUCGCCGCGCGGCGGCGCUGCUGCAGCGGGGGCCGCAGCAGCAGCAGCAGGGGGCGCAGCAGCAGGCGCAGCAGCAGCAGCAGAAGGCCUGCGAGGCAGCUCUCCGGAAGCCGCGCUGCUGCGGCUCGUGCUGCAGUACGUGUGGUGGUGUCAGGGAUCUUUGCUGCUGCCACUUAUUCCUCUUUUUGGAAAAAGUUUAUCUCUUUUGAAUUUUUGUUGGAUGUUUUCUUUUUCUUGCUUCGGCUGGAAGCGCAAGCGGCCCCAGCUGUACGUGGACGCGCUGAAUCCGCAAGCAGCAGCAAGACUUGCUGGUGCUUUUCUCCCGUGGCAGCGCUAUGACCCGCAGCGGCAGGCGAUGAUGCAGCAGCAGCUGCAGCGCAUCCGCGACAGCCCAGGGCUCUCUCCAGACACUCUCGAGAUCGUGCAGAGGGCCCUCAAGCCCGCAGAACAGCAAAAGCCUGCGCCCCAACCGCCAGCCAACUAG